ACCUACUUAAUAAGUUUUAUAUUUGAUCAAAUGAAAAGUAUACAUUGCUUAUUCUAUUCACUAGCACUAAAUGUUGAAAACUGUAGAUAAAAUAUGAAAAAUGAUUAGUUUAAACACUUUUAGAAUGUUUUAAUUUGUGUGAAAAAUGUAACAAGUUGUAAUAAAUUUUACCACAAAUAAAAAUGCACAUGAAAAAUAUGUCCUCUCUCCACUGAUCACGAGCUACUUGCAUGCAAGUUUGAAAGCAAGUCCAUUUUCUAGGCGCUUCGAACUCAAUGCGCGCCCAUUAGAACGCGCGUUGCCACUAGCAACGACUACGCAAACGAAGUUCCGCUUGUUGUUCUGGUUCCGCGUGGCCUCCAAGUAAACAGCAUGAAAGAACCUUCCGGCGAUGGCGAAAGCUUCUUCCAUCUAGCGGUAACGGGCCAACUGGAAUCGGCGUACUUUCCAAUGGGUCCCGACGGUAGUAGCUUGUUCUGCCGGUAUGACAUCGUGGCUGGACCGGACUGGGAGUUGGUGUCCGGGAUGCGGUCUGGAAUUACGCAGAGUGCCCAACCGGAAGACGACUACCGGACGGUGGUGUUCAAUAUGCCGUUGGAGUUUACGAUGAAGUCCACGAAUCCGCACGGCUGGCCGCAGGUUGUGUUCAGUUUGUACGGAAACAACUUUUGGAACGUCGAGACGAAUCGGGGCUACGCGAGGAUACACUGCCCGCUGAGUGGGAUGAAGCGAACGGUGAGGGCGCCACUGUUUGUGCCCAAGUUUAGCAACAUUUGGUCGGCGGCGAUGAGCUGGCUGACGGGCGUUAAUCCGGAAAUGCGUGAUCCCAAGAUUUUGGCGGAUGGAUCGAAGCACAAGGGGCUGGCGUGCGAGAGUUACGGCGAGUUGGUGGUCAGUUUGCAGGCGAUUUCGCGAGGAUGCAGCCGGAUGGGCCUCGAUUGGGGACAGUCUUACGAUUAGGCUGAGUUGUGUAAUUCCUUUACCAAUAAAGAUUAUCUUAUACUUGCAGUAGAGUUGGUUCAUUUUUAGAGUUUCCUAUGCAGAAAGAUAGAAAGACAAAGAAAUGCUAAGUAAAAAUCUUACUUUCUACGCUAAAAGGCACAUGUUGUCGAUAUCGAGGAUUGAUUGUUCAAUAGCGUCAAAUCUCAGUGAUGUACUGGGACAAACUCCUCAUGGCCUGCAAUCGGAUGUGUAUUGUACCGUUUGACGACAAUCGGAGGAUCCGAGUCCGAGUGAUGUUCCUGCUUCUUGUGCUUCUUAGCCAGCUUGUAAUAAUCGCUCUUCCCGCCCGUCUUCUCCACCAGCAUUAUAU